UCAGACCUUUAUUCUUCCAAACAAAGUCGACCCGGUUGUGUGUUCUACUCUGUUAACCACGGGAGCACAAAGUUCUACAUAACUAAUCUGAAUCUGUGACUUGUUUUUAUGCCACUGAGGAUCUCUUGCGAGUUCCAUUUUUUCCUGAUCAGGAAAGGAUUCUCUCCUGAAUAAUGCAGCAGAACAGCAACUGCGUGGAAGACUUCCCUCUCAAUGUAUUCUCAGUCACUCCUUAUACACCCAGCACAGCUGACAUCCAAGUGUCUGAUGAUGAUAAGGCAGGAGCCACGUUGCUGUUCUCAGGUAUCUUUCUGGGACUGGUGGGGAUCACAUUCACAGUGAUGGGCUGGAUCAAGUACCAGGGCGUCUCUCACUUUGAGUGGACACAGCUUCUUGGCCCGAUUUUACUCUCAGUUGGGGUGACGUUUAUCCUGAUCGCCGUGUGCAAGUUUAAAAUGCUCUCUUGUCAGUCUUGCAAAGAAAGUGAGGAAAGAACACUGGACACAGACCAGACUCUGAGUGGACAGUCUUUUGUUUUCACUGGGAUCAACCAACCUAUAACAUUCCACGGGGCAACUGUGGUGCAGUAUAUUCCUUCUUACGCAUCUCAGGACACCGUCGGGGUAAAUGCCACUUAUCUGCCCCCAGUGGUGAACCCUUUUGGUGUUGCAAACCCAGGAGGGCCAACAGUGCCUGCUCCAAGUCCCCCUCAGUAUUGUACCAUCUAUCCUCAUGAUAAUGCUGCGUUUAUUGAUGACGAGCUCUACCCUUCCUAUAUGGACUUGGAUCACAGAAAUGAUAACAGGUCAACUACUGAUGCUGAACAACUAGAGGAGGUACAGCUAGAAGACAACUGUCGUGACUGCUUUUCUCCUCCCUCAUAUGAGGAAAUAUACUCCAUCCCACGCUAGACACUAAAUUUCUAGGGGAACCAAGGACUAAAACCACUAUUUUCUAACUGAAGGUUUUUAAUUCAUAGCUUCUAACAGGAAGAUAAGACCGCAGGUUCCCAAAGCACCCCCUCAUGGUAUAGAUGAACCCUCAGUUUCUCAUGGGUGAGGUUGAAGAGAAAAAUCUCUCCCUGUAAGUCAGUGGGGAAUUCCCACUCCUGUCUUCAUUCCUUCACGAAGGAUAUCCUCUGUUCUCCUUACAAGUUUCUAGAGCAGGGAUUUUACCACUUAAUUCUUAAUAGGAGC